UGCCAAUUUUUCAGGUGAUUGUUAUGUAAAGAGAAAUAAUUAUAUUAAAGAGCGGAAUAAGAUUAGAGAGUGAGUUUGCAAUAAUGGAGAAAGUUUGCUGGAGUUUCCAGAGAUGUAUGAUAAAGUCUGAGACGUACUCUAAACUCGUUGUGAAUUUUCUCUUCACGCUCAGUCUUCGUGAGAUUCUCGUACGCAGAAGUAAUGCCUCAAGAAAGUUUCGUGAUUUACGGCGGACCCGCUGUGAUAGACUAUUCUUCCAACUACAAAAGUUUGGCUGAAUAUGUGCUAAAGACUCUCAAGGAAAAUGGAAAUAAAAUUGCAAUUAUUGAUGGAGCAACGGGCGAGCCUAUUACGUACACAAAUCUCUUAGACAGGGCAUUAACCUUGGUUAAAUAUCUCCAAGGGAAAGGUAUUGGGAGAGAUGUUAUUGGAUUAUGCUGUGAAAAUCGCUUGGAAUUUGCAGUAGUUGUCUUUGCAACUAUUCUAUGCGGAGCAACACUGUCUACCAUAAAUCCGCGAUAUGUUAAACGUGAAAUAAAGCACGUCGUUUAUUUAACUACACCUAAAAUCAUUUUUGUAACAUCAUCGGCAAUGGAGAAUGUUCAGGAAGUCUGUAAGGAUGCUCCGUCUGUUCAGGAGAUUAUUCAUAUUGGACAUACUUCGGGAAUUAAUUUAUCUAGGACUCCGAACUUCAAACAGAUCCUCAAGGAUCCAAAGAAUAAAAUGACCGAAAGGGAGUACAAACUUCCACAAAUCGAUAAAGAGCAGAAUGAUGGAUUUAUUUUGAUGUCAUCAGGAACAACAGGCUUACCAAAAGGCGUUGUAUUGUCUGACCUCAACAUGCUGGAAGCUUUGGGAAAUUUAGAAGAAACCAAGAGGUCAAUGUUCACGUUACCAAAUGUGUGCAGCCUUGGUAUUCUUCCAUGGUUCCAUUCUUAUGGUCUCGUAACACUCAUUUGCCUAAUUACCAAAGGUGUGAGAAUUGUCUCUUUGCCGCGUUUUGAGGAGAAAACAUUUUUGAAUGCAAUUCAGAAUUACAAAGUUACGCAUGCAUUUGUCGUGCCACCAUUGAUGGUCUUCCUCGCGAAGAAUCCGAAUUUGAUGAACUACAACCUGAGCUGCUUGAAGGAACUUUUCUACGGAGCUGCCCCACUGGGGAAGGAUACUGAGGAUGAAGUUAAACAACAGAUUCCCAGCUUAACGAAAGUCCAACAAGGGUAUGGUAUGACGGAGACAACGUUAACGGUUUUAGGAUCAAGAGGAUCAGUUCCUGUUCAGGGAAGCGCAGGAGUUAUAACGGCGAGAACUUGGGGUAAAGUUAUCGAUAUGGAAACUGGAGAAAUACUUGGACCAAAUAAGCGUGGAGAACUCUGCUUCAAGGGUCCUACAAUUAUGAAGGGCUACUAUAGGAAUCCUAAAGCAACGCAAGAUACAAUUAAGGACGGUUGGUUGCAUACUGGGGAUGUCGGAUACUACGAUGAAGGAAAGAACUUUUACAUUGUGGAUCGCCUAAAGGAGCUCAUCAAGUACAAUAGCUUUCAAGUAGCUCCAGCUGAGCUAGAAGCUCUCCUCCUAACUCAUCCUGCUAUCAAGGAUGCUGCAGUAAUUGGAAUUCCUGAUCCACAGACUGGAGAACUUCCCACGGCUUUUGUAGUCUUGAAGGACAAUUUAAAGGCUUCAGGGGAAGAAAUUGCCAACUUUGUAGCAGAACGGGUGUCAAACCCAAAAAGAUUGCGUGGUGGGAUACAUUUUGUUGAAGAAAUUCCAAAGAAUCCAAGUGGAAAGAUUCUACGACGUGUUUUGCGAGAAAAGCUAGCACAGCCAAAAGCAAAGUUGUAAUAAAAUGAUAAAUUAUUUCUUGAGCUAAUCUGGGGGGUAAUUCAACGACAGGAGUAUUCACUUGACCUAAUGUUUUAUUAUCGCUCAUAUCUGUUUUAGAGGUUUGAGAAGUAGAAAAAAAAUAGCCGCAAGAUAAGAUGUUAGUUAAUAAAAUUCUCAAUUGGUUCUCUA